GCAAAGUGCAUUUCAAAGGUCUGUGUCAACGGAGUCGUCAUGUCUGCCCUUCUCUAUCGUGGGAAAUACGACCAUGAAUAUCAUCAUAAACAAAGGCAAUAUGUGGUUAAAGAAUACAGCAGUUCUGAUGCCACAGAAGAGCGAUAUGAGCACAAAACGCAUGCUCGCAUCCAAGAAGUGGUGCAAACAAAAAUAUCAGAAAAAUAUGUGCGUGAGGAGCCAAUGGUCAGGGGCCCACAUUUCCUUGUCAGACUCAGAUCCCACACUGUGUUUGAAAACACUUCAAUCAAACUCUUCUGUACCGUUGAAGGCUAUCCCAUGCCAAUUGUGAAAUGGUAUAAAGAUGGUGUGAUCAUGAACUUGUCCUCAGGAAAAUAUUUGAUUGAAAGCAAAGGAGGAAGCCAUUCUCUGCUGAUCCCAAGAUGUUCAACUGAUGAUACAGCUCUGUACACUGCUGUCGCUGGUAACAGCCAUGGACAGGCUUCUAGUCAGGCAUCCAUCAUAGUAAAGCGAUAUAAGGAUGAGGAGGAAUCCAGUCCAUAUGCAUGGCUGCCUUUUACAGCUGCUAUGCUUCCCAAGAUCCAUUACACUAAAAUCCACAUAACUUUUGARGAGACGUUUGGCCCCAUAUUUGCCACAGAGGGAGAAUCUGCCACUCUAUCUGCCACCAUGACCCUGAACCCCAACCUGGCCAACCUGCAGCCUGAGGCACAGUGGUAUAGAGAUGACACCCGUCUGUUUGACUCUAAAUGGGUAAAGAUUGAAACAGGCAGAGGAUUCAGCACAUUGACUCUUCCAAACCUCUACAAAGAUGAUGAAGGCCUGUACACUCUGCGUAUGGUCACAAAGGGAGGCACAGCGGAGCAYAGUGCAUUUGUUUCAGUCGCAGAUGGUCCCCCUCCUGUUGCUCGUGCACCUGGUGCUCCUAUGGACAUAAAGAUCCAUGAUGCCAACAGAGACUAUGUCAUUGUGUCAUGGAAGCCUCCAAAUACCACCACAGAGGGYCCAAUCCUUGGAUACUUUGUGGACAAAUGUGAAGUUGGAACUGAGAACUGGACCCAAUGCAACGAUCAUCCCAUAAAGAUCUGUAAAUACCCGGUGUCUGGCCUGUUUGAAGGACACUCCUACUAUUUUAGAGUCAGAGCCGUUAACUCGCACGGAAUCAGCAAACCUUCCCGCAUGUCUGACCCGAUUGCUGCAAUGGAUCCUACUGAGUUAGAGAGACUUCAUACCAAAAAGCUUGGAGGAAAACUGGACGUUGUGUCUUAUUAUGAUGAAGUUGAAGCUGAAGGAAAGCCUCCAGGACCUCCAUCAGGAGUUUAUGCUUCAGAAAUAGACAGGACAUAUGUCGUAUUGAGCUGGAAAGCCCCAGCUUAUUCAAGCAAGGCUCCCAUGUGGUACUAUAUUGAAAAGGCCAUGGUGAACACUGAAGCCUGGCAGCGCGUUAACACUAAAGUUCCUAUUCGAUCCCCUCGUUAUGCUGUUUUUGACCUGGCAGAAGGCAAAGAAUAUAAAUUCAGAGUUUUGUCUGCUAACAUGUACGGUAACAGUGAGCCAUCAAAUCCAACUGGACCUAUUGAAACACAGCAACUUAAAGGUGUGCCAUCUGCUCCUGGUCAGGUGAUUGCAACAAGAGAAACAAACACUUCUGUUCUCAUUCAGUGGGCUCCUCCAAAAGAACCCAACAAUCUGAUUGGUUAUUAUAUUGACCAGUGUGUGAAGGGGUCCAACAACUGGACCUCAGCCAAUCACAAACCUCACAAGAACAUCAAAUUUGUGGUUAGUGGUCUGACCACAGGAGAAACGUACGUCUUCCGUGUCCAGGCUAUCAAUGAGCUGGGUCUCAGUGAUGAAUCCCAGGAAUCUGCACCUCUCAGUGUCAGAGCUGCUCUCACCACCCCCUCAGCUCCUUACGCCAUUGCGCUGGUUAACUGUGACGGCCGUUCAAUGGUUCUGAGCUGGAAGAAGCCUCUUCAUUCUGGAGGCGCAGAGAUCAAGGAAUAUUAUGUGGAUAAAAGACGCAGCGGAACAACCAUGUGGAGGGAAAUACACAUACCACCAGUCAAGGAAAGACUUUAUAAGGUGGAGGGCUUAACUGGAGGAGCAGUCUUUCAGUUCCAUGUUUAUGCUGCCAACUUGGCUGGCCUCGGACCAGCAUCCAAACAUUCAGACGACUUCACAUGCGAGGCCUGGACAAUGCCAGAGCCUGGCCCUGCUUAUGACUUGACGUUUUGUGAAGUGAGAGAUCACUCAGUGGUAAUUGAGUGGCAAAAGCCUCUCUAUACUGGUUCUGGACCAAUCACAGGCUACCAUGUUGAGUAUUCUAAGAAGGGGACCUCUGAUUGGACUGUAGCUAAUGAGGCACCUGUCAGUCAGUGCUUCCUGAAGGUAAAAGGUCUUGAGGAAGGUGCAGUCUACGUGUUUAGAGUGCGUGCGGUUAAUGCUGCAGGAGUGGGCAUGGCCUCGUUUCCCUCUGACCCUGUGACUGCCAGAGCUGUGGCAGGUACCCAGGAGGUCUCCUGUGUGGUAGAUGAGAAGUCRGGUGACAUUGUUCUGUCGUUUGAGUCCUGCCAAAUAAAUGAGGGCUCUCAAUUCAUCUGGAAGAAAGAUUAUCAAGAAAUCACAGAUUUCUCCAAAGGACUAGUGAUUAAUACUGAAGGCAGCCACUCGAAGCUAGUCUUUAAGAACCCAAAUAAAGAAGAUUUUGGAUCAUACUCUGUUUCUGUCACCAACACGAGUGGAGUGUCAUCCAGCUAUACAAUCUCAGCCGAAGAGAUGGAAAAGAUGCUGGCACUCAGCUAUGAUAUCAGACACCCAAUCAUCCCACUCAAGUCGGAGUUGGCCUAUAAGAUUUUGGAGAGAGGCAGAAUGAGGUUCUGGCUGCAGGCUGAAGAGAUUUCCUCCAAAGUCACCUACAAAUUCUUUGCAAACAACAAGGAACUCUCUGGCGCUGAUCCCAACAAGAUGGGACACGACAUCUCUACGGGUAUCAUUGAGUUCAUCAUGGACCAUUUCACAGAAGAGAAUGAAGGCACAUUUACCUGCCAGAUCACAGAUGGUGGAGGCAAAGCACAGAGCUCACUGGUUCUGAUUGGAGAUGCUUUCAAGAAAGCUUUGGCUGAGGCUGAUUUCCAGAGAAGAGAGUACAUCAGGGUCAAAGAGGGUCCCCACUUCAGUGAAUUUCUUUCACUUCAGAUCGGAGAUGAUUGCUCUGUCACUUUGGUCUGCAAGGUUGCUAAUUUGAAGAAGGAAUCACAGUUUCACUGGUACAAAGGGGACACCGAGAUCAUCCCUGAUGUGAAACCGGACCUCGGAUCAGGAGUCUGCAAACUGCCAAUUAAAGAGUUUUCACACAAAACAACAGGGAUUUAUAAGGCCACCAUCAGUGAUGACAGAGGAAAGGACAUGAGCCAAAUUGACAUCAGUGGAAAAACUUUUGACGAUGCCAUAAACAAACUGAGCCAGCUGGCUGGAGCCAGUGCUGAAGAGCUGGUGAUUAAGUGCACUGCAACAGGCAUUCAGCUACAGUGUCACAUGAAGUAUUACACCUCUGAGAUGAAUAUCACCUGGUAUCACGGUGAGAGUAAACUCUCCCACAGUGACAAGAUCGUGAUCGGAGGCACCCCUGCUAUGGCAACAAUGGAGGUGGUUGAACCAGUGGAGAAGGAUAAAGGAUCAUACUCCAUUGUGAUCACCAGCUCUGACAGCUCAACCAAACGAACCAUGGACCUCAGUGGUGAUGUUUAUGAGAAGGCUUAUGCCGAGUUCCAGAAGCUCAAGGCUGAGGCUUAUGCUGACAAAAAUCGCGGUAAAGUUGUUGGAGGACUGCCUGAUGUUGUCACUAUUAUGGAAAAGAAGACCCUGAGUUUAACCUGCACAGUGUGUGGAGACCCCAAGCCUCAAGUGUCUUGGCUGAAGAAUGGAACAGAGGUUGAACUUGAUGAUAAGUAUGUGGUCUCUAUAGACCAAGGCAAGUUUGCUAGUCUGACCAUCAAAGGUGUUUCCAUGGAGGAUUCUGGCAGAUAUACAAUGAUUGUCCAGAACAAAUACGGAGGAGAGUCUGUGGAUAUACUGGUCAGCGUGUACCGCCACGGGGAGAAAAUCCCUGAGGCAAAACCAGCUAUGACCCCUAAAACGAUCAUCCCUCCUAAACUCCCCAUUGAGAUUCCUCAGCCCAAGACCCAGCCUGCCGGCGCUGCUCCCACCCCAUCUGCUCCCAGCUCCGCUCCUCCAAAGGCAGCAGUAGGGAGAGGAGUGAAGAGUCCCACUCCUUCUCGGAGGAAGUAAAGAGCAUGAAAGUCAUUAAAGAAAGAACAUGCACUGGUGGACCUAUAGAUCCCAUGUAGAUGYUUUUAUUGGAUUUCUCUAUCUGAUAUUAAAUAGAGCUAAUGUGCUUGGAAUUAAAUAUAAAUAAGAGUGCAAAAAAAACAAAAAAAGGAAAACAUUUAGCUUUUAUCAAAUUCACUUUACAUGAAAGUGCGAACAAAGUGUAGUUCAAAAAUGCUGAAACUUUCAAAAAUUGGAUAAUAAAAAUGAUUUAAAUACAAAUGAUAAAGCUAAAAGUUAAUUUCAGCUUGAAAAUGUGUUCAGUGUGUUUACACUGGAAGUGUGAAGUCCUGUCUUUAAAUAAGUGCUGCUCAUCAACAAUAAAAUGCACAUUGCUGGCACCAUG